AUGGCAAAUAACGAAAGUUUACCAAUUGAUUUUGAUGAAUUUGUAAAAUUAACAAAUAUAUCUCAUUGGAUUUAUCGUGUAUGGACAAUACUAUAUAAUAUUCUUGGUAUUACUGGCAAUAUUUUUGCAUUAUUUAUAUUUAUUCAUUGGACAAAACGAUUAUCUCUAUAUAUUUAUUUUAGUUUUUUAUGUAUUAUAAAUAUUUUAGUUAUAUUUAUUGAUAUGAAUUAUCAUUUUCUUAUUCCAUUUACAACUAAUAGUAAAAUUUUAAUAGAAAAUUUUCUUCCAAAAGCAUGUAAAUGUAUAUUUUUUUUAACAUAUUUUUUUCGUUAUUUGUUUAUAUGGAUUAUUGUUAUGAUUAAUAUUGAUCGUUGUUUAUAUUUAAGUGAACAUUCAUUUAGAAAAAUUCUAUGUCAACAACGUACAGCAAAAAUAAUUUGUUGUAUAUUAAUUUUAUUUUCAUUUUUUGCUAAUUUUCAUUUUUUAAUUUAUUUUAAUCAACCAAUUAUAACUCAAAUUCCAACAAAUAAUACUUGUUUCAUAGAUGGACUUCUUUGUCAUUGUAAAACAUCACAUCCAACAUAUAGAGUUUUUUGGAAAACUAUUUGGCCAAUAUAUAAUCUUAUUAUAUUUGCUAUUAUUCCAUUAUUUAUUAUCAUUAUUUGUUGUAUAUUAAUUAUUCGAAAUAUAUAUUUAACAAGAAAAAAUAUUUAUGGAAAAAGACAUGAUUCAGAUGUAUCUGUUAAAUCAAAAAAUGAUCAUUUACAUUCAAUAACAAAAACAUUAAUAUGUCUUGAUUUAUUAUUUCCUAUUACAAUAUUUCCAACAUUAUUUUUACAAAUUUAUGUUAAUUAUAAUGCACCUAAAACUUGUUUGAAGAUUGGAACAUUGAAUUUAAUUUUUUCAAUUGGAUUUGCAAUGAUAUAUAUUAAAAAUACAUUUGCAUUUUUUAUAUUUUAUUUAACAGGACAAAAAUUUCGUCGUGCUUUUUCAGCAUUAGUUCAUGGUAGAAAAGUAUCUGAUUCUACAGAUAGUCAUUGA